AAUCGAAUACAAAGAGGAUAAACGAACAGUUAGGAAACAAGAUAAACUUGGAUCAGAUUUUAGAAAGAGCAAGCGAGUGAGAUAGCGACUAGCGAGGCCAGAGAGAUGGUGCUGUGGGAGAUCACAUUGGCAACCGCCUACUUUUUGGGGAUGAAACGCACUUACAAGCUGGUUCUGAGGCUUCAACGUCGUCUCAUCAGCCCUAAUCAUCCUAGGCUCCGGCAGUUCGUUUACAGGCGUACACGUACUGUUUUUGACAUAGCAGUCAAGGUUCACAGGAACAUACAAGAGAGAGACAUAGAAGUUGGUAGGAAUCUUGGGAACUGGAUCCUUAGGUGGCUUGACAGGAACAAACCCUCUGCUAAUAUCCGUGGUGGUCCGCCUGGACUGCCUGCUGGUGGCAACUUCGCCAAGCAAAUGACAAGCAUCCCUAUCAGGGAAACUUACGGAUCCAGAGGAGGGGGUCGACAUGGGCAAAUUAAUGGACGUGUAUUUGCCUCAUCGAUGAACUUAAGGCGAAAAUCCUUCCCAACCUUGGGAACAAUUAUGCUUCCAGUAAAACCAGCUGCCACCAAUGUCCAGUAUAGGCACUUGUGCAUCAAUGGGCCUGAGAUGCAGAGAAUGAGAUGUGGAAGAGGCAGAUUUGAAGGAGUGAUUCGAAAGGACAUAAUGCAGUGGAUGCAGCAAAGUUGAUGAAAGAACCUGGCAUUAUUCACUAGAAGUUUCCACAUGCUUUGUAUAUUCUUCCUGCCUUUUCCUGUUGUUUUAGAUUAAAUUUGAUUUUAAUGAAAUUCUGUGAUCUCGAGGAAACGUUUUACUGUAAGAGUACAUUUUGCUAAACUGCCUGAUUGAUGGGUCAUCUCUUAAAGUUGGAACACUGGACAGUUUCUGUUAUAACAACAAUGAUGGACGGAUUGCUAUA